UUUAACACUUUUUCUUUCCGCAUUACCAUUUUGACGUUUACAUGAAUUUAUGCAAUGCAUUCUUAUACUAAACAGUAGUCAAGCCUUUAUAAUGUAGGCCGUGACACCGUGCCACAUGCACACACUAUACUAUGAUAGAGGAUCGUGAGCUAUAGUGCGUGCAGUGCACCGUAGGGUUUCAAGUAUAGUUACGUAUAAUUAGAGCAAGCCGAUUGACCGUGACACCUCUCAGUCGUGUCUUUGUCUCUGUCAUACUUGGUUAAACCUGAUGACUCUCUUGAAACGGUGUCCUAGAUGUUUGCACUUUCUCCGUCAUUGUCCUAUUCUCCAACUCUGCAUGGAACUACGAUGCGAAACCCUUUGAAAAAUCUUCGUCAUCGUGGAGCCUCUUCGACGGAUGAUGGAGAAUCAAAAAUAGCUUGUGGAAUUGCUAACAAUAUCCAUUGUUUAUUUUAAUUACACGUGUUUCAAGAGAGGCUCUGGUGAUCUCCAGCGAAGGGAUUAUGUUCAAAGCAGAGCCGUAGUCACUGUGGUCGGAGGAAAUCUGAGGAUUGAAUUUUAAAGGGAAUAUAAUUAUUAUAGUUAGUAUAACUAUCUACCAGCUUUGAGUAAAAGACUGUGUCUAGUUUUCCUUAAAAAGGAUCGGUAGUAUGAUUUAGAAAUGCUCAUAGAAUGGAUAUCAAUACGAUUGUAAAAUGACAUGAUAGUGAAAGACCAAAAAAAAUGUUAUACAAUAUUUUUACAUUGACAACAGUCAACUCUGAAAACUUUUAAAAAUAUUGUAUUACUUCUAAUUCCUUUUAAACAAGAAAUCACAUAUUAAUUGAAAUAUAAAUUGAAUUAUAAUGGUGUAUUGUCCUAGGAUUAUUGAUAUAAAAAUAUUAAUAUAAUCCUUGCAGUAAAGAUGACAGCUUAAUUCAAUAGAAUCAUAACAUUCAUACCGUGGAGACUUUUCCUGUGAUAAUAUGAUAAUUUAUCGAGGAUAUAAAAAAGGGAAAUCCAGAAAGAAUAAUGAGGACUACAUCCCUAAGUUUUUGCAAUGUAAUUUGAAAUAAACAAUUUCAAAGUGGUAACAAGAAACUUAACAAAAAUGGCAAAGAAGUCUGGGCCCAUCUGCCAGGCAAAGGCAACUCGUUGCCUGAAGGUUCCUUUAAAAUCAACAGAGCAGAUCUACUUAGUCUUUUUAAUUCCAACGCUGCUUAGUUGUAUCAUUUACAUUGUGCACUUCUCAUCCGAUUUGGUGGUAGCGAUACAGCAUUUUAGAGAAGAGCAUUCAGCAUGGGGAUGCUAUACGAUUGGUUUGAUGUAUGCUCCUGCUAUUGCAUAUUUUGGACUAACCGUCUCGAGACCAGACUGGUGGAUGACAGAAGAUGAUAAAUUGUCUAAGGGAGUCGUGCAAUGGUUUUUGCUACAAUUGUGUCAUCUUAUUGCAUUUCCACUAUUUGCACUUUACAGAUAUGCUGGCCAAAUAGUACUUGCAAUUGAUGCUAUUCUUCUAUCUGGACAAGAAAGGACAAAAACCUUAAACGUAGCUGCUGUACCAGCUGCCAUUGAAUUAUAUUUCUUCCUUCAAGCCUGGUUCCAGGCAGCGCCGCAAGCAGUACUGCAAACUCAUUUGCUGUUUCGACAGGAACAUAUCAUACGCAGUGCACAAUCUGUUACGGUCCACGUUCUGUGCAUCUUCAUGUCGAUUUUGGCACUUUCCAUACAGACAAUGUCCUUUCAAAGGUUUGAAAGCCAACGAGUAAAUGGUAGAAAGGUACCCUGGGCAAUGUGGUUAAAUAAGUAUCGCACUCAGGAUUUUGGAAGUUUAGGUGAAAAGAAACCAUUGCAAUCGACUGUACUACCUGAAGAAAAGAGUACUACAGAACAAACCACUUCUGAACAAAAUGUCGAGACGGAUUCCAAGGAAGAUCUAUUACCGGACAGACCAAGUAAUCCGCUGUAUCAAAAUCUCACCGAUGGAGUACCAGUUCUGGAACGUCAGAUUUCGACAACUCCUCCGUUGCCCCCUCGGAAUGUUCAGGUUACACCACCUCCAGCUCCUCUGCGAGGAAUCACAACGGUGACACCUCUUCCAAUACCAGAAAUGCCAGCACCCCCUCGACCAGACUCUGCACUAAUUUCACCGGAGUCUAAAUAUCUAAGUAAAGGAGCUUUGUUGCCAGCAGAACCAUCCGAAAGCCAGUACGAAAGGUCUCCAAGUUUAAGAGUGCCAACAAGAGUGUACACCACGAAGGGCCUCGAAGAGGACGAUCCCAUUGGCAAGUUUUUGGGCAUACUCUGGUGGUGGUUUUUUAUCGCACCCAGAAUAUUUUCCAUUGCUGUGUUCUACGAGUUUUACCCGGAAUAUUUGUUAAUAAUAGUGGGCCUGCAUUAUGUCAUCAUGCUCGCCUAUUUGUUCUACUACUCCAAGGAUUAUUGCGUAACAACAGUUGCCAUUAACCUGUGGCUUGGCAUGGUGUAUAUCUUUGGUAUAAUCGAAUAUAAAGUGAAGUUCAAGUAUGCAGAUCGCUGGAUUAUAUCCUACUAUGUGUUUAUGAUGUUGCAAAACACGUUUUUAUCACUAAUUUGGUACUUCUAUGCUGAAUGGGAUAGCUAUUGGUAUGCGUACAUAUUCUUUGCCACCUUCGCAAGUAUGGGACUUUGUAUAAUGUGUACUGUAGUGUAUUACGUUUUACUAAAGCCAAAGAAACACAGAGUGUAUGCUAGUUGACCCGACAAGCAAACAAGUAAUAUCAAACGAGUAUGUUUUAAAUGCAAAGCAUUGUUUGAAAAUGUCAAAAAUAUGUUACGCAGCCAAAGUUAGUCUUCGCGAACGUCUCUUCGUCUUUUAUCCAGGUAAUGUUUUUCUAGAACUUACAUCACUAUUUUCAAAGAUUCGAAGACUUGUAUCAUUAACGACGCUAAUUAUUUUCACAAAUACUGUCCAAAACAGAUUUUUGAAUGAUCGGUAUUACCUGUGAAUUAUAUAUUGUUUGAAUGAUAAUUAGAAAUUUCUCCUUAACAGAAAAAGAUAUGAAUAAGCUAUUUAAGAAAAAUAUGUAGUGAAUGAAUAUAGCUAUAGGUUAGACAUUAUAUAUAAUAAGACACGUACACUUUAUGUGUAAUAUAGCGAUCUUAUCGAUUCACAGGUAUCUUUUAUGGUCAAUGCUAGUCUUCACAAGUACUUUAUCACUUCUUCCAGUAAACGGCACGAAAAACUUAGUAAAAUAUUAAAGCGUUAAAGGAAGAAAUAAAAUCUUUGACAAAGGUAAAAAUGAAAGAAUGCAAAGAAAGUUAACCAAUAGCGUAAUCUAACUGUUAAAAGACUAAAAGAAAACGUGUUCCGUGGCUAGUAAUAGGUGGGGCAAAUACUUUUUGGAUUCUUCCAGUGAAGGAAGAAUGAACUUUAAGGAAAUUUAAAUUAUUCCUCACGGUAAGAAUGAAUGAAGUUGAGCUUCUUAAAAUAACAAUACGUAGAAUGAAAUUCAAAUUCAACGUUGAGGUCUCUACUAAAGGUGGAAAAGGUUCUUGCUUCACUUGAAACGAUCUCAUGUCCUCUAAAGUAAGUCCCAAUGAUUAUGAACAGAGUCCAAGUUAUAUACAGGUGUUCAAACAUUGAACUCGAUGGAUGCUGUAUGUGUUCAUAUUUAGAUAUUUAUUUGUUAUCUAACCGUUCAUAUAGUAAACACCAGAUGUAAGCUUAUGCAAAAGAUCCGCCGAAAAAAGACUUGUAAAUUUAGUUACUAAAUCUGGCAGCAGUCUCUUUUUAUCGUACCGAUAAAAAAUGUUAUUUUACUUAAUAGUAUGUACAGAAUUGUAAUGUACUAUAUACAAUAUAAAAGUCACUGCUCAUGUAUUGUUUUACACGAUUAUUAAAAUAACUCGAAACGAG